AGCGGCUCUUGUUCUGUAAUCGGGUACAGUACAACAGACACGACAACCCAUAUCUCGUCUAGACUAACACUGUAGUCGAGGAUUUGUAGUCCGCGCCCUUGGACAAAUGCGCUUGCGUCAAAAUGGAUGACGAAUUGAAGAAAGCAUUUGCAGAACUUCAAAUAAAAGCUGUUGAUACCGCUCAACGCGUCCAACAGACGGAGAACGAAAUUGAAACUUGUAGACGAGCCAAACAGCAUGCUCUGUUGACAGAACGAGAGCUAUCUACACUGCCAGAAGUCACACGUACGUAUGAGUCUUUUGGCGCAUUCUACUUACUGGAACCUCUUCAGCGAGUCCGGGAAUCACUACUAGCGAAAGCUGAAGAGAAAGAUGAGAAAAUCAAGUCGUUAGAGGCACACAAGGAGUAUCUAAAUAAGAGUGUCAAAGAGGAUGAGGAUAACUUGAGAGAGCUGCUGAUGCAGAAGCAAGGCCGAACUUGAUGACUUGGGUUCAUGUUGGGAUCAGCAGUUGCAGGAGAAGGGGAUAAUUAGUAGAUUAUAGUACAUGAAAAAGCACUGCUGAUUUAUAUAACAUUCAAUUAAAUAAAUACAACAAUUAGUAGUAUCAGU